UGAACGCAGCAUCAGAUUCCCGCCUCCUUCUCCUCCUCCAGUUCCGGUUCGGACCAACAUGGCGGCUGUGAGCUGACAGCCGACCGCUCUCGACAUCAAACUAAACCAGUCCGUCCCAGAUGAACCAGUUCUGGUCCUAUAUGAUGCUGGAUCCAGUUUGACCCGACUCUGACAGACCAGCAGUCCAAUCUGACCCCGGUAGACCAUCAGAGUCAUGGAGAAGUUCGGGAUGAGUUUCGGGGGCGGUCCCAGCAGGAAGGACUUGAUGGACACCAUCGAGUCCCAGAAGAAGCAGCUGGUCCAGUACCAGACCCGCUUCAAGGAUGUGGUCCGGGCCUAUAAGAGUCUGCUGAAGGAGAAGGAGGCUCUGGAGGCCAGUCUGAAGGUCCUCUCUGUGUCCCAGGAGGUGGACCUGAACCAGCACGGCCAGGGCGCCACCGUCACUGUCUCAGACCUCCCAGAGGACGGCUGCUCACUGCACAGCGAGGACAGCGUGGACACUGCGGCGUCUGUGGACACGCCCAGUGAGACCACCAGAGGGGACCAGAGUGAGGAGGACCAGGGAGAACCAGGAGGAAGAUCCAGCUCAGUGCUCCUGAGGUCCGACCCCGAUGCCGGCGGCUCCGAGACCAGCAGCAUAGGGGCGGAGCAGCAGCAUCAGGCCACGCCCCCUCCCAGCGUGGAGGCAGACCGCAGAGUUGCCCAGCUGAAGAGUCAACUGAGCACGCUCACCAGCUCCCUGUCCACGGUGACGCAGGAGAAGUCCCGGAUGGAGGCGAGUUUUCAAGCCGACAAGCGUCAGCUGAAGCAGGGGGUGGAGGAGCUGCAGGAGCGCCUGAGCAGCAUCACGACGCAGCAGGAGGCGGAGCUUCGCGCCCUGCAGCAGCAGUUAGCCGAGAGCCGCGCUCGUAUCAUCACGCAGCAGCACGAGAGGGAGCAGGAGCAGGGAGACCACGUCCAGCAGCUGCGAGAGCUGCAGAAGAUCCUGCAGCAGGAGAGAGACCUGCGACAGGACGCUGAGCUCCGCCUACAGGACGCCAACGCCACACUCCUCGUGACAUCACAGGCGAUGGACCGGGGGGCGGAGUCUGAGGCUCACCUGAACAAAGUGAGGGAGGAAAGAGACGAGCUGAGGAGGAGGCUGCAGGUCGCCGAGGAGGACCAGAAGAAACCAGAUCCCAGAGUAAACGAACUGCAGCGAGAACUGAAGGAGCUGAAAAACCACUUCCAGCAACAGAUCUACAUCGAGACCAGGAAGGUAAGAGUGAGACCAGAACCGAGUAAAACCAGGUCUAGACUAACUGUAACAGGUCCACACAGUCUGCUGACUCAUCACUCUGUCUGUGUUUGCAGGCGUUGGAAGAGAGCUGAACUGAUGCUGGCGGCUCAGAGAAACCCGGACCAGAACAUCCAGAACCUGGCAGAGACCGAGGCGGAGCUGGGCAGGGACAAAGGCUCGGCGCUGGCCUACCAGCAGGAGCUGCGGCAGCUUAAAGACGAGUUUGAGCGCUACAAGCUGCGAGCGCAGGUGGUGCUGAAGAACAAGAACGUCAAAGAUGGCUGCCAGGCGAAGGAGCUGGAGGAGGUCCGGGACCAGCUGUCGGAGCUGAAGGAGAAGUACAUCAACCUGCGGAUCCAGAGCGACGAGGCCGAGACCCAGCACCGCCGCGAGCUGGAGGAGCGGCAGCAGCAGGCGGCGGCGCUGCAGCAGACUCACAAACAGGAAGUGGAGAGGUUGGAGAUGCUGCACCGCGACGACCUGCUGCGUCUGGAGGCGGAGCUUCACAAGCAGAGGGAGAGGACCAUGGCGCUGCUGGACGAGAAGGACCAGGAGCUGGAGAGGCUGCGGGCCGCCGCGCACAGCUGCAGCAACGACGCAGACCACAUGGCCGACGACGGGCACGAGACCGGCCCGGAGAGCGAGGGCGACAACAUCAGCCAGGCCCUGCGGCGGGCGGCGCCCAACGAGCCCACGCUGCUGCUGUACGCCGAGCAGCUGGCCCGGAAGGAGGUGGAGGUGGGCGGACUGCGGCGGCAGAAACACCGACUGGAGGACGACCUCCACCAGCUGCAGGCGAGGCUCAUCGCCAACGGAGAGCGCCACGACGAGGAGGCGUCGGAGCUGCGAGGACAACUGGACAAACUGAUGAGAGAUCAGAGCCGAGAGGGCGCCAACAUGGAGUACCUGAAGAACGUCAUCUACAAGUUCCUGACGCUGCAGGACGCCAGCGGGAGGCAGCAGACGCUCUCCGCCAUCCUGACCAUCCUGCACUUCAGCCCGCAGGAGAAACACAACGUCCUGAGGCUGCAGGCGGCGAGCUGGUGGACCGCCGGCAAACGGAAAUAAAAACACAGUUUGUGUCCUGAUGAAUCAUCGGAUGUUUAAAUUGAUAGAAAAAGCGAAUGGAGUCUGGUUUCUAUCUGAACUGUAUAUAAGAAUAUAUUAACAAUUAUAAGACAGAGUGUCACUGUGAGUAAAGGAAGUGAAAGUUGAUGAAGUUAUUGAUCACUAAUAUGUAUAUUUUUGAUUCCCUUGUUGAAAUUAAACUAUUUUUCCUGCUUCACAAA